AUGAAAUCAAGAUAUCUACUCAUGCUAAUUGCCGUUAUCGGCAUUGACAUGUUACUCAGCAAUGUAACGUGUUUUAAAACUGGUGGAAAAUUCCUCGGUCAGCCAACAUCACUCGACAUAAAAGAAUCUAAUCACUAUGUGAUCACCACAUGUGCUCUCUACAGAAUAGUAAUAACGUAUUUCCAACAUGUUUAUGAUCACAAUGACUUAGAGACAAAAUUUCAAACAACCGAUGGUAACUGUAGAGAUUUUCACAUGAUCAUCGCAAGAGAACUAGAGAAGCUCGACAUUAAUCCAAUAUUUUUUCGUCUAGCACGGCAAGAGAUUGCCUUAGCCAAUAUCAUGACCGAUUUGAUUUUUGACCCUGCUCCCCAUGCUCACUUUGAUAAUGAAGAAUUCGAAGAUGGCGUAAAAUUCGUGGCGAUGUUAUCACAAGCAGUUCAAUCAAGCGUAGCACGGCUCGAAUGGACACAAGCGCGUAUGAUUUUCGGGUUCAUGCUUCAUUCUAUACAAGACUUCUACAGUCAUUCAAAUUGGGUUGAAUUAGGUAUGCGUGAACCAAAUAAAGAUCUAACUGCUGGUCGCCGUCUCGGUUCUGUUGCGGACAAAAGAACAAAGACCUGCAAAACUUGUCUUGGCUCAGACGAAUACUGUGUUCGGAAUAAUUUGAUAGUCGAUAAAUACUUGACAAGUGGUUAUUUUUCCUACUUCUAUCCAGUGAAAAAUCCACCUGGCAAGUGUCAUCAUGGAUAUUUAUGCUAUUUUCCUGGUAAUAACAGUAAAUAUUGUGAAGGUAUUCGUAAGGACGGUUUGCACUUUUCACACGGACAUUUACAUCAAGAAGCAGCAUCUGUUGCAUAUAAAGCCACUGUCAAAGUGCUGAACGAACUUUGGUCAUCGACAAGUACUAAUGCAUUUGGUAGAUUUCUCGGUCUUACGAAUGCAUUUAGUCUCGUAUUUGUAAUCGAUAAUAGCAAUCGAUUGCAAUUCUCAGUGGACAUGAUCGAAGUUGUAACCGCUAAACUGGUCGACUUAGUGACAGAUCUACCUAACAAACCUACAAAUUACAUUGUUUCACCAUUCAAUGGUUCUCAUUGGGGACCUCUACAUGUUGUAACAAAUAUCAGUGAUUUUCUCGAUGCCAUUGGCGCAUUAAAUGAAGACGAACUUCAACAAUCAUCCGACCACUAUUACGAUGCUUUGAACGAGGCACUUAAAUUUUGUGAAUCUGAAUCAAUGGUAUUCUUUUUCACUGAUGCGCCCUCUAAUAAAUUAUAUUCACAAGGGUCUACUAGAGCUUUGGCGCGAUUAAAACAGGCUAAGAUUGAUGUUUUAUUCGUGGAUACCCAAAAUCAAACAAUCAAUGAGCUUACUUAUUUUGCAGAUUCAAUCAGUGGUCUUUUCAUCAAUAUGGACAUUACGCAACGGACAAUAAAUCGAGAAUUUAUUUAUCGUCGCCUAGAAGAAGCAUUCGGCUACGAGUGCAUUCUAUUCAAAUCCAUGGCCAAUCAUCAUAGUGGCAUAUUUAUGAUCGAUAGAACUGCAACAUCACUCCGUAUCAACGUUGUAUCAUCGAGUCCAUCGCUUAUUUUGCGCUUAAUAGAUCCAAUGGGUUCAACAUUACGCCUAACUCCAUCUUUUGAAAGUAAUUAUCUGCAAAUAUUCACUAUCGAUGUGAUGAAUAAGUCCAAUAUAGGUCAAUGGAAUUACCAGUGCAGUGAAGACUGUGCCAUUGAGGUGAAUGUGAAGAGUGAAUUUCGAUGUCGAACACAAUUAUAUGCACAAUUAUCCAAUAACUUUGGUCGAAUAGUCGCCACACCUCCUCUGUUUAACCAAAGUAGAGCACUUGCAAUUACCACAUGUGAUAAAUCGAGCGAAGCAUUGAAUAGUUCGGUUGAAUUGAUCAGUACUGACGGUAAAAUCUUGAUUAAUUAUCGGGCAACAGAUACUUUCGUUGAAACGAUCAGCGUUCCAUCGGAAAGUUUUCGCAUUCGUACUAGCAUUGGUCGGCGAGAUGGUACUCUUGUUUAUCGAGAAGGACGAGCACUGAUUGAGACGAGUCGAAUCAUAAUGCUUAUUAAUAAUCAACCUUUAGUUGCAACUAGUGGUAAGCGUCUCAAUGUAACUUAUACAAUUCAAAAUUAUGCCGACGCCCGACGAAUCUUUGUAUAUACAAUUGGAUAUCAAUGA